AUGGCAGGGCGAAACAAACACACAUGGACUAAUGAAGAGGUUGCAAAGUUAAUUGAAGAAUUGUUGGAGUUACAUGUAUCCGGAAAGUAUGGUGGUGCCGACAACGGAUUCAAACCCGGUUAUUUGAAGGCAGUGCAACAAUUACUAGAUAUAAGUCUUUCUAACUCGGGUUUGAAAGCAGAGCCUCAUAUUAAAUUGAUGAAGACAUGGAAAAACUAUUUCACCAUCAUGCACGACGUGGUAUAUGGAACAAACACAAGUGGAUUCGACUGGGAUACAGAUAAAUAUUGUGUUACUGCCGAUGCUGAAGUUUGGGAUGAGUACAUAAAGAGUCAUAAAGGUGCUGUAUGUUUUCGCGAUAAACCAUUUCCCCAAUUUGAUAACCUAUGUAAAAUCUUCGGGAAGGAUAGAGCUACUGGUGAUGGAGCUACUAAUCUUGGUGAAGAUGUGACUAAAGAUACACAAAGAAACUCACAUGUUGAUGUGGAAGGGUUGGAAGAGAUGCAAGAAACUGCUCGUGUCAAUAGUAAACGCAAAAGGCCUCCAACAGAUGACAUAGAAAGCUGUUAUAAGGAAGCAGCGAAAGAAAUGAAAGAGACUUUCAAGGAGGUUGGUGAAAAACUAAAUGAAACAAUAUAAAAUAUAGGAAGACAAGAAAAUAGGGAAGCGUGUGAUAUGAUAGAUAAAGUUAUCAAAGAUAUACAACGCAUGCCAAAUAUCAAUGUCAAACAACAAAUUAAGGCGAUCGACAUGUUUAGCAAAGAUCAAUUCCAUACCCGAGCGUUUUUUCCGAUGACAGAAGAAGAAAAGAUGUGUUACAUGGAAAUGAUUGGGGAUGGUUCAAUAUCAUGAUUAGUUUUUUUUUUUUUUUUUUUUUUUUUUUUUUUUUUUUUUUUUUUUUACGAAUAUUGAAGUUGACUUAUUGCACAUUUUGUAUUAG